AUGGAAUUUCUAACGCUCAUGACUUGGGGAGUCGAAGAUGGUGUGCCAUUUAUUCCUGAGCCUUUGCCGGUCGAGUUAGCCCAGCCGGAAUUAGUCAUUGUUGACGAGGAACCGGAGCCAGCCGCUCCAACAGUUGGAGAAGAAAACGCUUGUGAAGCAAAGGAGGAGCAAAAGGUAUAUUUUUUACAAAGCCCAAUUUAUUCUAAUUGUAGCCGCCUACACCAGCAUUUGGUGUUCCUUCUGAAGUAG